AUGCCAAAGAGUACCUUCAUCGUGGAAGAGGAGACCUCAUUGCCUGGCCACAAGCCGAUGAAAGACCAUGUCAUCCUCCUGUUCUGCGCCAACACCAGUGGGGACCCUAAGAUCAAACCCCUGCUUGUCUACCAUUCAGAGAACCCACAGGCCUUCAAGAAACACAAGGUGAACAAGGAGCAGUUGAGUGUUUUAUGGUGGUCCAACCCAAAGCUUGGGUCACAUGCCUCUUGUUUGUGCAGUGAGUGAAUGUGGUUUUUGGUCCUGCUGUCAAGCAGUACCUUGUGGACAAUAACCUGCCACUCAAGGCCAUGCUGCUCAUGGACAAUGCUCCUGCUCAUCCUCCAGGCCAUGAGGAAGAAUUGCUGGAGGACUUUAACUUCAUCAAGGUCAUGUUCCUUCUGCCUAACACCACCCCACUACUCCAGCCAAUGGACGAGCAGGUCAUUUCCAAUUUAAAAAACUCUACACAAGGGAGCUUUUCCGGUGAUGCUUUGAAAUUAUUAUUAUUAUUAUUGCCAUUUAUAUAGCGCCAACGGAGUCCGUAGCGCUUUACAAUAUUUUGAGAGGGGGGGUGUAACAAUAAAUAGGACAAUUACAAGAAAACUUACAGGAACAAUAGGUUGAAGAGGACCCUGCUCAAACGAGCUUACAGACUAUUGGAGGUGGGGUGUUUGAAACAUUAGGACAAUAAAUAUCAAGUAGGAGUGAAGCAGAGCUGGAGGUGAGAGCAAAGCACUGUCCCAUAGGAGAGAGCAGGAGGCAGGUAUGUAAGGUAGAGAUUACUCUGGGAGGCCAUAAGCUUUCCUGAAGAGAUGGGUUUUAAGGCUCUUCUUAAAUGAUUGAAGACUAGGGGAGAGUCUGAUGGCAGUAGGCCAGAUCGAUCAAGCCUCACCCUCCAUGAAUUUAGGAGAGAGCAUUUUGACAUCAUGAGCUUUCUGCAGAUUAUCACCUUUGCCUGGGCCGGGGUCAGCCGGACAAACCUAAAUUCUGCUUGGUGCAACCUGUUGCCAGACUGUGUUGUGAAACCUGCCUCUGAUGCUUAGGAACCUGCACCAGAGUCAACAGUGUUGGAGGAGGAGAUUGUUUCCUUGGGGAGAACCAUGGGCCUGGAGGUGAAUGAGGAGGAUGUCUGUGAGCUGGUGGAGGGACACGACCGUGAGCUAACCACCGAGGACCUGGUGGAAUUGCAGAAGCAGGCGAUGGAGGAGCAGAUCUCAUUUGAGGAGGAGGAAACGAGUAAGGAACAGAUCUCUUCUAGGGAACUCAAGGAGACAUGCCAAAUGUGGGUAAACCUACAAACUUUUGUACAGCAGCACCACCCAAAUAAGGCUCUAGCCCGGAGACUUGUAAACAGUUUUGGCACUGACAUCAUAUCCCCUUUCCAAGGAAUGCUUAAAAGGCACCAGAGGCAACAGACAAUUGAAAGGUUCCUACAAAAACAGCCUAGACAUGAAGAAGUACCUUGUGUUAGUGCUGCCCAGUUGCCCUCCUCCUCCUCUUCCAAAAAGUGUUGA